UCAUUUGACAUUGACAUCGAUAUGUCAACACUCAUUCAAAAUGUCACCACGUCUCAAAAUAUCAAAAUAUGUUAUUGAGAGGUUGUCUCAAAUAGAUACUGCAGAGAGUACAGGAUGUUUGUACGGACUUAUGUACGAUGGUAUCCUACUUGUCGUAGGAUUGAGUUUAGAAUUGUUUGAUAAGGAAAAGAACGCGUAUAACCAAUUGCUCCUCAAUUUGCCCGCAGAGAUAGAACUAUGCGGUGUUAUUAAAUUCAGUGAAUGUUUAGCUAUAGAAAAUAAAACAAAAGAAAUACUCCAGGAUGUAGAUAUAACAGACAAUCCUCUUGUUGUAAUUAUUAGUAAAGAGAAAGAUAUAAAAGCGCAUUUCUUGGUGCAUGACAAGUUUGAGGAGACAAGCUAUGAGGUUAUGGAAUACGACGAGCUAUGGAAACAGUUUCUGCAUGUUCGUCUCAAUACUAUAUUACCUCUUACUUGUGAGGCAACUAUAGCUGGUGUGAAGAAUAUACUACAGAAUAAAAGGAAAAAGAUAGCCUCCGGUCAAGUAUCAUUUCACAUAGAUGGUACAGCUGUAUAUCUGUUUGGGAUUGCAUCAGAUGUUGGAGUAACUGGUACAAGCACUGAGGCAAACAUUGGAGAACUUAUAGACUCCAUGAGUGCAGAGCAACCAACUAAAAAGAAGAAACUCAAUAUUCAUUCUUUGGAUAUAGUUCCUGUCAAUUUAGUUCUGAAGACAACAAAGGAUAUUUUAUCAGAUAAAUUAGUUAAAACUGCUGUUAAAAUGAUGACCACACAAAGAAAACGUAAGGCUGCAUUUUGCAUCAGUAUGCCAUUGAAAGUGGAUACAUUAGCAAUGAUCCAUCGUAACACAAAGUUGUCAGAGUUGUACACAGUAUUAGUGGAGGCGGCGUGUCGCUCGCUCAGAUUGCUGGAGAGUGUGCUGCUUGAACAACUAGGCCAAGAAGGUAUUGGUGACGGAGCUGGAUUACGUUUACCUGAAACAUUCCAUUAUUUACCCGAACAGCUUGGACAUUUCUUAACGCGAGUUGUUCCGAAAGCUAUUCCCGAUGAGAGCAUGGAAAGGGAAAGAAUGUACUUACAUGAGCAAUUAGCUCUGCCUACCAACAAGCCUAUAUUCCGACGAGGUAAUGCAUAUACUACGUAUGGUGGUCGACUUGUUAAUCCUCAUGAAGCCCUACCGCCGCCCUCUACUGCGCCGCAUGUGACAGUGGCAUUAGUAAGGGGAAGGUACACUUACCACCAUUAUAUGCACGACAACUUUAAUGAUGAUGGAUGGGGUUGUGCCUAUCGAUCAAUGCAAACAAUAUUUUCUUGGUUCAGAUAUCAAGGUUACAACACAACCAAUAUACCAACACAUAGAGAAAUUCAAGAGUGUCUUGUGGACAUUGGCGAUAAACCAACCACAUUCAUAGGGUCUCGGCAAUGGAUUGGCUCCACUGAGGUCAUGUUUUGUCUGGAGACUAUCCUUGGUGUUCAGUCUAGGAUAAUAUUUGCUAACACCGGAGCAGAGCUGCAGAGUUACACGCCGGAGUUGAUACAUCACUUUCAAACGCAUGGCAGCCCUAUUAUGAUUGGGGGCGGAGUAUUAGCUCAUACAAUCUUAGGUAUUGAAUACAACUCUGAGAAGAACGAAACUCGCUACCUGAUCCUGGACCCGCAUUACACGGGCGCUGAUGACGUCACGACUGUUGUUGGUAAAGGCUGGUGCGGCUGGAAGUCAUCAGACUUUUGGAACAAAACCGCUCACUAUAACCUCUGUUUGCCACAAACUAGACCUUGUAUUUAGGUAUAAUUGUUUUAUAUGCAUUUCUUUUUAGUUUAAACUCUAAACUACAUGGCUUUUCAUGUUUAGUUACAAAGGAAACUUAAGUGCAACAGUUUGAGUAUAACUUAAGGGCAGUUUUAAAGAUUUUAUUUUAUGUUUAUAGUUUAUCAUUUGGAUGUUACGUCAUGAUUUCAGUAUUCCAUUCUCAAAA